AGGAGUUUCUAUGUUGUUCCGCCUCAUGCUGGCGUUCCUUGGCAACCUCGAAUGUUGCAAUGGCUGGAUUGCUAGCUCGCUAGUUAGUCAGACCGCCCCCAUGGACGACGACUUAGACGAGCUGUUAGACGAAGUGGAAAAGAAGUUCUGUGGCAACACAUCCGUCGCGUCUGACAGUCGGUCGGGCCCUAAAAAGGGGAGAGCGUGCGGGAUAGACGAGCUUCGGAAUGCCGGAUGUGAGCAAAAGAUAACCAGCAGCAGCAUCACUGAGGAUGUAGACUCGCUACUGAAAGAAUUCCAGGAGGAAGACUACACUGAUGCACUUCGGACCAAGACGACAUCGCUUCGCAAAGGAAAGGACGACCAGAUUCAUUGUCAGUCUGGAGGAAGAAAGUGUUGUCCCAUUUACCUCGGAGGGAGCGCCACGGAUAAAGGAGUGGGAACGGCCACUUCCAAAAGGUCAUGUGAUCAGCUGAGAUGCACUUCCUGUGACUUCCGGGUGCUAGCGUUUGACGACUGCGAGUGGGACUCGUCGUGCGAUUACCUCUUCCUCAGGAACAACAUGCCCAACCAAGGGAAGCUGGGAGCCAAGCUGCAGGAGAGGAGGGGCGUCCGGGCGUACGCUUGCCAGUGCAGCUGGUUCACCGCGUCGGAUGCCACCGACGUGUCCACGCAGCAGCAGCUCAGAUGGGCGUGUGCGAGACACCCGGAUUAAACCAUCAUCAUAAACUCCCUUCAAAAAGAUUUGCACUCUGUCGUCAUGGCUAUGCAGCCUCUACACAACAGUGGAUCAGACUGUUAUGGGAUGCUCUUUUAAGAGAUAUUAUGAUGUGUAAUGUGAAUUAUUUGUAAACACUUGGACCAGUCUACCGAGUAGACAUACCCACUCGUGCUGCUUCUCAACUUACGUCAAUUAAUUAUGUAUUUCAUUGAAUAAUUCAGUAUCUGGAUCUUUUUGAUUGAUCCUACUAGAUUCUUGCUAUAGGUUUUACUUUUUCAGAUGAGUCAGAAAAUGUUGAUUUUUUUUUCUUUUAAGCAUCCUUUCAGUGAGUAAAAAACAUCGUUAAAUAAAAAUGUAAUUUCCCA